GAGGUACUUACUUGUAUUGUGGUGUUGGUAUUGUUUUAAUUCAGUAUACCAUAUAUCUAGAAGUCCAUAAUUCAUUUCUUAGUUUCAUUGACGUAUAGGUUAGGGAUAUUUAUUCAGAACUAUCCACUGUAGGCCCUCACAUUAAUGUGUCUACGAAUAACGGAUAUUACCACUCAACAAGUCUUUUUCACAUGGUACUUCGUUCGUAUAAUAUAAAAAAUUGAGGCUUAUGAGCUGUAGGGCUGCGUGUAUUGACUCACUAGUACUUUAAUAAUACUGCCGCUAAUUAGCACUGCGUCUGGAUUUGCCCCGAACGCUUCAGAAGUCUUCGCUAAUAAAAGAUAUAUUUAGCAACUAGAUAUAUAAGCAAGGACAUUAUUCGACUGACAAUCCAUCCGCUGCCUACUAACUUCCGUAGUUGUACAACACAUGAAUACAUUCAGAUCUCUGCUUGAAGGUUUGAGGGCUGUGUGUGGUAUCCCUUUUCUAGCGUGCCCCUGCGAGGGUCCUGUCUUUUAUUAAAUCAGUUAAUUGAACGUACAGACACCUAUUCUGGUAGUAAACUACUAAAGUUGAGUACUUGGAAGUAUAAAAUGGAUAAUACAGGCACUGUGUUCAUCCAUGGCUUUUGAAUUCGAUGGUUGUCCUGGUUUUUUCUUAAAAGAAUGGAUGCCAUAUCCGAGACGUUUUCUUAGUACUCUGUACACCGUACGUCGUCAAGUUCAUGACUCUAGUCCCUCAGACUAAGGACAUUCAGGAAUGCACAGGUAGUGAUUCUACGCUCUUUCCUAGGAACCUGAGUCGUACUUCAAACGGAAUUAAGACUCACUAUAAUGGUGUAAAAUGACAAAUGUAUUGUUUAUCUAACCUAGUAAAGUUUAUCCAAAUAUACUCUUUCGUCCUGAUAUUGUGGCUUAAACAGACGCAGUGAACCGUGGUCUUCAGAUUAUGGCUUACUGUAACCCUCGGUCCAUUAGUUGCGAACUAAGGUCAAAAUGUUUCUUCACUUUCGUAAUUCCAUCUGCUUUCGUGUCCAGUGUGCAUGAAAACAGCCUCGUCAACAAACAAUUACAUUUUAUACCACCAUAACAUGCCGCCAAGUUCGGCUCAAAGUAUAUAUAUAUGUAUAGUAUAUAAAAAUUUAGUGCUACUUGUCAUAUUUUGACGUCUUCGCUUUAAAAUAUUGUGAGGGAUCUGAUUUAUGAAAGUUCGUUAAGAUUAUUUAUUAUACACUAAAAUACACGGAUCUACGCAAAUAGUGUCAAAGUGACUAGUCUUAUUUCGUAAAGACAACGACAGAAUUGUUAUUUGAAUUUGUGAGAUAACUUUUUGUCCGGUUAGUUUGUUAGCAUUUAUCACUGUAUCUACGUAUUCACACUCGUUCUUAAUAUUGCCUCGAUUAUGCUGUCUCUUUGACUAUUCACGUGGCUAAGGACUUAGCAGGUGCGUUUAGCUGUUGAUUUAAUUGCUAACACUCGUACUUAGUGUCUGAAGCAAUGAAAGAUACUCCUAGUACGGGUUUGUCACAUUUGUACAUCGAGACGGGGCAUUACGCCUGGCGGUCCUCCGGACAAAUUAGCAGAUAUUUUAGGGUCAUAAUGCGCGUUAAGAAUGGAUGUUUCCUGGCGGCUCAUCGACAAAAUUUGAGUCAGCGCGUUGCAGCUUGAAAUGUAAUGCCACCCGGUUGCCUGAACUGAUGCGGGGUUGGGUUCAACCACGCGGCUCAAUAAUUGCCCUGAACACUGAGUCACCACUCCACUAUUCCUGUCUUUUUAGGGUGAACGACUUGUCGUAUAUGUCGGUUAUUUUUUUGUCUAUCACACUUCGGAAUCGGCUGAUUUCAUCUAAUUACCCAUCACAGUCACUAUUCAGAGUAUCUGUAGUCCUCAAAUGUUAUUUCUGUGGAUGUGAAACUUUCUAAAAGUGGGGAUUGCAAUGAUCUGGUCCUGACAUUUUUCAUUCAACACUGAAAAUUUCGACCUAUUUCCGAAUAGAUUUUUUUCCAGUAGGAGUAAUAUUAGAUAACUAUUAACGUAAACAUUGGUCACGUCUAUGUAUUGUAUUGCUAAGUGCGAAAGAUAUGUGUGAGUCAAACGGGAACAACGCCAGAUCACUAAGUCUUUGCAUUUGGACUGAGGAGUACCGAAAGGUAGUUUCUUUACUGAUUGUAAGUCGUCCUGAUCAUAGUAUUAAAUAGUUGGAGAUCCUCACUGUCAUGCCUCGAAACUUUUUCUGUUUUACUGAACUCAAGGUUCAUGUUUUGUAGGUUUUUUAGCGAGGUUCUUUGUGCAGUUCUUUAAAAUUUGAUUAUCACUUUGUUAACUUUCACUAUUCUGAUCUGAAGUGUUACAGUACGUGUCGAUGCACACUUUCGUCAGGUCGUACGGAAUUUAUCACUAGUCUCCAUACUUUACAGAUAAGACAAUAAAUGUUACCGAAAAGUUCCAUAGUUUUGGGUCCAUAUUUCUGUAUUUCCGUUAUGUAAAAAAUGACUGGAUCUAAGUAAAGACGAUUAUCGUUUUACACUUAUGUAUAAACAUUUAGUUAUUUGUAACAGGAAAUAUGUCUAAAAACAAAACUUCAUUAAGUGGAUUCUUUUUAGGUUUAUGGAUCCAAACCGCAUUCAACCCAUGAUGCUGUCUCAAGCUGGGUACAUACUACCUCAACCAGGACUCAGCCUUGUCUCUCCUUUGCCUGGCGGUGCUACUGCGUAUGCCCACCAACCAUCAUAUCAAAAGUCAUUAUACUUUCCAUUGUCGUUUGCUGGUUAUAAUGACCCUCAAGUUAGUGAAAUGGACUUCUCUAGCUCCCAGGUCCAGAGCACUUACACUUCACCUGCCGAUGUGCUGGAAAAAGACUACCAAAUUGUUACUUAUGAAGAGCUUGAAAAAUUACUCCCAGAACCCAAACCAUCUGGUCGCGUCGAGUUGGGUUUGCUUCCGAAUGGGUGUGCUUAUGCACCUAAAACAGCAAGUCGAGAAAAUUACUUGUUAUUUGCAUCAAAAUAUAGCUAUAUAUUGUAUUUCACUCAUCAUUAUUUUUCUCGAGAAAACUUAUGCCGGGAUCAGACGUUCCUGAAUAUGCUUGUUGAUCGACUGAUUUUGCCAAUCGAAAAGCUUGUCAAAGCUCCUCGCCUAGCAGCUCUAAAUACUACUCAUGAAGAAGUGGAAAAAGCCUUACUUGGCAGUAAGAUUGUUUGUGUUGAAGAUAUGAAUGCGGGAAUGCGUGGUGUUCGCCGCAUUGAUGGUUAUCCUGGUCUGUCUACGAAUCCUGAUACUUCAAUAAAUGUGCAAUCUGAGAGUGGAUUAUCGACUUUUACAUCGUCUCAGAAUUUAACCUCGUUGAUUGGGUCUUUCUCUCUCCAACCACAAUUGCCUGAUCAACAAAUUACUACCAGUCUUCAAUCCGUAGUUGUGUUGAAAACUGCUGGUUCAGACAAAUUCCGAUCUGAUGGCGUUAUAAGAUCUGGACACAUGAAUUCUGAAACAAGCAAAGAGCUUCUACAAGCAAGUACUUUAAUUCAAAACCCGGUGACAACGAAUGUUUGCAUAGCACCUGCGUCUCAUCAAAUGUCCAUUCCAUUAUUGUUACCUUUAUGUGGUAUCGAGAACUGCAGCAAUAUUCAUAUAGAAUGUACCGGCACAGCAGGUCCUUCAGUAGCACCUUGUCGUAAUACUGCUCCUUGGAUAUUACAACGGCCUACAAAACAGCAUAAUCCAUAUUCUCGUGUUGCACAUGUGAUAGUUCCUCAGUCUAUAAAUCAAACGAAUUCUACAAAUUACAAUAAAAACCAACCGCUCGCGUGGGACUUUCAUCAGUGCCCACAUCUCCCAGCUGCGAACAGUACACAUUCAAGUGUAGUACCAAUACGGCGUCAAACGCAUUUGCCAAAUUAUUUCAUUCGUCAGACAGGGAAUGUUAUAGAGUCAUAUCCUGUCCCAUUUUCAAUACCACAAACAAGUAACACAAAUCAACCUUUCAAUCUAGCUGUAGCAGCUGCUUUAGCAUCCAUGAGUACAAGCACCAGUAAUAGCAUUAAUCCAAACCACUAUGGACAUCAACCGCAGUAUUUCCCCAACCAGUUGUUAACCAACUCUUCAAACAUCAGUCCAAUUGGAGCUAACCAACAACGACCAUCAAAUGCACUUUUGAAUCACCUCCAAGCAGUAGCUGCCAUGUCAGCUGUUGCACAACAUUCGAAUGCUACACCUUAUUUUCAGAAUCCUGUAUCUCAAACUAAUCCUUUUCAUAUCCCCACCCCUGUGCCAUUGCCAGUGUACUACACCGCUCCACAGUUAUCGUUACAAUCUUCUGGUGCGCGGAACUCUUUACAGCGUUUACAACAAAAUGUGUAUCCGAUGCAAAGCUAUGGCUAUCAGACAGUCCAAAACGUCCCAGUAUCUGAGUCAUCGGAUAAUCUAAGGUCAGAUAGUAGAUGUGGCUUAACGGUACCGAAUCUCCCACAACAUACAAAUAACUUGAUUUAUCCUAUACUGUUGCAACCACCCGUGCACAUACAGCAUAAGUUACCCACACAUAUGAAUGGUACAGGGUGGCAGGUUCACAACCCUGGUCAGUCGAUACGUGGAGCAUUCAAUUCAGUAGGUUUAACGCCUAUACCCAUUAACUUCACAGUCAUUAACACUAAUGGCUCUACUUCGGUAGCCAAUAAUGGGAUGCUCAAAGAGUUACCAACGUUUUCAGACACAAAAGAUAAUCUUGAUAACAAUACAGCAGUAGAUAAUAUGGUAAGUGAUGCUGCAAUAAAUGUGUCUCUUGCAUCUGAAAAUCAAUUGGAUAGUGGAUCGUCUGUGUUACCAGGGUUAAUCUCAUCUACUGAAAAUUUUACACGCGCAGUUAUUGGCGAUAAUCAGUCUCAUAAGCUUCCCAAACAAGUUGAAAAAAUGACCUCUCCUGGUUCGGUUCAUGAUUCUGAGGAUUCAGUUAGUUCUGGGAUAGGAGACAUGACUGCCACUAGCACUGGUGAUAAUGACAGUCGUAACAAUUCGUCGUGCACACCAACCGAACCAACUCGUAUUAUUCCGAAAUCUGACUACGUACGAAACAAGUCUUCAACACGAAUUAAAGAAAAACUUACUGGUACAUGAGUCUCCGAAAUAAUGAAAUUCAUAAUUUUGUAUUAUCAUUCACUUAAGCUACAAGUGAUCAUCCAAUAUCAUGCAGUCAUUUGUUCCAAGUAAUUUUACACAGCUUACUGGAUAGACUAGUAAAGGAAACUCAUAAGCAGAACAUAUAUUGUGCUUACCAGUUAUCUUUUUCACCAUUAUAAUUAAAGCGACGGAAAUAGAAACAAAGAACCAUAACUACUGGCCGUUUCAUCCUGCAUAUUCACGAACCACCGUUCCGGUCACAAUUACGCUGUUCAUUUUCAUUACAAAUGCUUUAUUUUAAGUCGGGAAAUACUGUGAUUAGAAUUCGCGUUACGGCCACUCCUAUAUGGUGUCUAAACUGCCUUUUCUUUCAUUUUGAAGAUUUCUUAGUUACUGUUUUUAUUCCACCCUGUUUGUAUAUAUGAUUUAUUGUCAGUACAUACGUAUCUAUAUACCACCGCUUUACUUCAAGCUUCCUUAAGUGUUAUCAUUUUGCGAGGUAUACUGCACAAUUUACAUUUCCCCAUGCAAAAGAGAAACCAAUUAUCCUACCUCACCAUAUACGUAUAUCCCAGAAAAUCUCCAGAUAAGCGCCUUAGGUCUAGAUUUUCGUAGUUAUAUGCAACUAGGAGUUUAAAGGAUUAGAACUAUACCGAAAUCAAACUAUUUGUUUUUCAUUGACUUUCUAAUUACAAACAAGCUGAGAUUUUUUCCUUAUCCGUGCUCUCCCUGAGACUUAUUAAUUUGAGCUGCUAAAGCACCUUGAUUUUCCAUUAAACUGUUUAUUUUGAGAUAUUUUCUUCCUUAUAGUGUUACCUUGCAAAUCUUAAAAAUAACUUCUUGGUUUCAAAGUUAUGCAAGAUAUUUCAUGAGUGAAUAGAUGUGCAUUUUCUUAUUGCGAAGCAAAUCAUUUGGACGCAUUUUGUGAAGUAUAAAUAAAUGGGAUUUCGAUAG